AUGGGUUUUUCCGUGGGCUACAGCUAUGAAGUAUAUACAUACACACUAGAUGAUCUUAGCGACAUUAAUGCAACAUCUGUGGUGAAGCACCGGGGCACCUACUUCAUUGCCAGCAAGAUUGCCAGCAAGACUGACUCUGAUUCAUACGAAGACGAACCCGAUUCAAUAUUUGAUCUGCUCAUGCAUCUGAUCGUCAUGGCUACAAAGGCGAUGUACGGAAUGGCAUUCCAAAACCGAGAAACACAAGCGUGUUCUUUUGGCUUGACUUCAAUCGAAAACUAA